GAUCACGUGACGGGGCCCGGAAGCGGCUGCCGGGCAGCUAAGGGGGAUGACCAGGACCCGGAGCUGAGGCAGGGAGAGGGGGCCUGCGCUGAAGAGGGACCGAAGCCGGAGCCGGAACCCGAGCGCUACCAUGUCCACGCAGAGGCUUCGGAACGAGGACUACCAUGACUACAGCUCCACUGACGCGAGCCCCGAGGAGAGCCCGUCUGAAGGCCUCAACAACUUCUCUUCCUCCGGCUCCUACCAGCGGUUUGGGGAAAGCAACAGCACAACAUGGUUCCAGACCUUAAUCCACCUGCUGAAAAGCAACAUUGGCACAGGACUCCUGGGGCUGCCUCUGGCAGUGAAGAAUGCAGGCCUCUUGAUGGGUCCCCUCAGCCUGCUGGUGAUGGGCAUCGUGGCUGUGCACUGCAUGGGUAUCCUGGUGAAAUGUGCUCACCACUUCUGCCACAGACUGAACAAGUCCUUUGUGGACUAUGGGGAUACGGUGAUGUAUGGACUGGAAUCCAGCCCCAGCUCCUGGCUCCGGAACCACGCACACUGGGGAAGGCACACUGUGGACUUCUUCCUGAUUGUCACGCAGCUGGGAUUCUGCUGUGUGUAUUUUGUCUUUCUGGCUGAAAACUUUAAGCAGGUGAUCGAAGCAGCCAAUGCGACCACCAGCAACUGCCACAACAACGAGACGGUGGUUCCGACGCCCACCAUGGACUCUCGGCUCUACAUGCUCACCUUCCUGCCCUUCCUGGUGCUGCUGGUCUUCGUCCGGAACCUCAGGCUCCUGUCCGUCUUCUCCCUGUUGGCCAACGUCAGCAUGCUGGUCAGCCUGGUCAUGAUCUACCAGUUCAUUGUUCAGAGGAUCCCAAACCCCAGCCGCCUCCCAUUGGUGGCAUCCUGGAAGACCUACCCUCUGUUCUUUGGCACGGCCAUUUUUGCAUUCGAAGGCAUCGGGAUGGUUCUGCCCCUUGAAAACAAGAUGAAGGAUCCACGGAAGUUUCCCCUCAUCCUGUACGUGGGAAUGGCCAUCAUCACUGCCCUCUACAUCAGCCUGGGGAGUCUGGGGUACCUGCAGUUUGGAGCUAACAUCCAAGGCAGCAUAACCCUCAACCUGCCCAACUGCUGGCUGUACCAGUCGGUUAAGCUGCUCUACUCCAUCGGCAUCUUCUUCACCUACGCCCUCCAGUUCUACGUCCCAGCCGAGAUCAUCGUCCCCUUCUUCGUGUCCCGCGUGCCCGAGCAUUGCGAGCUGGUGGUCGACCUGUCUGUGCGCACCGCGCUGGUCUGCCUGACGUGCAUCUUGGCCAUCCUCGUCCCCCGCCUGGACCUGGUCAUCUCUCUGGUGGGCUCCGUGAGCAGCAGUGCCCUGGCCCUCAUCAUCCCGCCCCUUCUGGAGAUCACCACCUACUACUCGGAGGGCAUAAGCCCCCUCACCAUCGCCAAGGACGCCCUGAUCAGCAUCUUGGGCUUCGUGGGCUUUGUGGUGGGGACGUACGAGGCCCUCUAUGAGCUGACGCAGCCAAGCAGUGCUCCCAUCUUCAUCAACUCCACCAGUGCCUUUCUAUAGUGAUCUGGGUGCAUUCCCUGCUCACCCCACCCCUGUAUGUUCCCUGGCCGCAGAGCCUCAAGUAGGGUCCAGGCUCUCUGGGGAAAGGCAAGGUUGCUGUCUGGGAACCCCUCUACCUGGCAUCUGGCUACCCUGGGCCAGGUGGGGCCGAGGGCAGGGGAAAGAGUGGGUAGCAGAUACAUGGGAGGUACCUCUAAGUAGCAGUGCCAUCACUGUUCAUUUGUACUUAUCUUAACCUAAAACUUUUCAGCUCUUGUCCCUCAUCCUGCCUCCUCCCUUACCUGCCUUCCUCCUUCUGACCUCCCUCACUCAAAUUAUUCCUCUUGCACAACUCACUUUAUUUAAAAAUUUUAGCAUUCCCCACCUCAUGUUUUCUCCUUUCCUGGGCCAAGCCUAGAUUAAAUAAGUGGGACCCCCCUUCUUUAUAAAGCCGACCCUAACUCUUUCUUGUAUCUCUCCCAAGUGUUUUACCUCAGUAUUCUCCUACCUAUUCAAGUCUCCAGGAGGUGUCUGGACCUACCUAGUAGUUUAAAACCAGCACCCAAAGCUGGAGUUUUUAAUCUCUACUCUCUGGCGUGCUGUGACCCUUGGCAACACCUUCUCUUCUCUGAAUUCCUUGUGUGGGUCACAAUACUGUAUUCUUAGUUGCUUUAGUUCCCAAAAGAUAUCAAGUGCUGCCUAAAUUGAAAAUAUUUAUAUUUUAUUUAAAUUAGCUUUUGUUUUUAGACUUUGUCUCUAGAUCUGGGUUGUUGUGAAUUGUUCCUUCCUCAGUAAACUUUUAUUCAGCUUCUCCUGCUGAAAAGAAACUUGCUCCAGGAAAUGUCUGCUUAGGUCCUCAGCACUCCUGGCUGAGGACCCCAAAGGUUUGAAUCAGGGUCACCUCAGUGUGCACCUCUGUGGAGGGGCAUGGACUCUGCCUCCCGUUGGCCAGCCUGAUUUCAUAUUGAGAAGAUACGAAAGCCUCAGGAAAUACUUGCCAGUGCAUUAGGCUGAGGGAAAGGAUGGCUGAGUGGGAUGUGUAUCUGCCCGCAGGAGGCUUAUAAAACGGGCACUUUGUGCAUUCAGGCCCGUUUGUCAGCCUCCGCCCCGGAGAGGCAGACAGCAUGGCAGCGUUCAGUUGCUGUCAUGUCGGGAAGACACCCAGACUGUUGCCGUGGAUGAGAAGAUGAGGCCAAUGUGCACAGAGAGUGUGAAAUUAAGUUCAUAGAAUGUACAGCGGCUGGUCUGACGCUACGCUUGGUGCUUGGUCGUUUACAAUCAACGGGGGAGAGGGCCGAGACAGUGCCCCCCAACCCCCCCGAGCUGCCUCCAUGACCUGGACUUCUAAAAGAACCACUUGGUUGGGACUUCACUCCCCUGUGUGCUAAACACUAAUUGUGACCCCUGUCCCUCCUGGCCAUGCCUCCCUGAGUAACAGAAAUAGCCUCAGGGUUGGCCCACCUCAAGGCCAGCCUUCAGAUUUGGGGGCAAACUGCCUUGCUUUGGGCUGCCUCUCCUUCCCUCUUGGUGUGAGAAGUGUUUCUGAAGGGCAUUCGUUAACUCUCCACCUCUUGAGCUGUGUGUGUGUGUGGGUGUGGGUGUGUGUG